AUGGGUGAAAAAUGUUACUGUCGCACCCGACGGUCGGACCUGCCGCUGCCGAUGCGAUGCGUGGAUUUUCAAAACGCGAUCGAGCGACGACGCGAGCACACCGCGCGCGCCGUCAGCAUGGGAGACAUCCGGAGCUUCUUCGGCGGCGGCGGCGGCGCUCCGAAAAAGCCCAGCGCCGAUGCCGCCGCCGCCGCGAAGCCAUCGUCCCCGCCCGCGGCGAAGAAGUCCGCGCCCGCGAAGCCCUCGGACGACGCGACGCCGAUGGACCUGACCGGGGACGACGACGUCGUGGACCUGACCGCGACGGCGACGAAGACGUCGACGACCCCGAAGGCGUCGCCCGCGCCGGCGAAGAGGAAGCUCCCGGAGGCGACCACCGACGCCGACGCGAACGCGCCCGCGAAGACGACGACGCCGAAGAAACCGAAGACGACGACGCCGAAGAGCACUCCGAAGAAACCGAAGACCACCGCGAGCGCGUCGAAGAGCAAGAAGGCGCCGGGGGAGAAGAAACCGAUCCCCGCGCCGCCGGGGUACCCCAAACGCGAGGACGAACUCAAGUUCAGCGUCAUCGACGUCUCGAAGCCGUGGGGGUUCGGCGGCGGGACCGAGAUGGCGGGCCCGCCGAACAAAGGACGCAAGCCCGCGCCGCGCGGCCCGGACGGGUGUUUGGAAGGAUGCACCUUCGUCGUCUCCGGGGUGCUGGACUCGCUCGAGAGAGACGAGGCGGAGGACUUCAUCAAACGGCACGGCGGAAAGGUCACGUCCGCGGUGAGCGGGAAGACGACGUACUUGCUCGUCGGGAUGGACUGCGGGAAGAGCAAGUACGCGAAAGCCAAGUCCGUGGGGACGCCGCUGAUGGACGAGGACGGGUUGUUCGCGAUGGUGGAGGCGCUCGCGGAGGAGGCGGCGAAGAACCCGGUGAAAACUGAGGUGGAGAUGAAACCCGCCGAUGGCGUCGAGGCGAAGCCGGAGAUUGUGCCCGCCGCGGCCGCGAAAAAGCCGGCUCCGAGCGCGGCGGCGGCGGCGGCGGCGGCCCCGUCUCAAGCGGCGGCGGCGGCGGCGGGCGCGGCGAGCCGACCGAAAAAGGCGGAGGACACGCCGCUGUGGGUGAACAAAUACAAACCGUCGCAGCCGGCGCAGCUGAUCGGAAACGGAAAGAACAUCGCGGACUUGCGGAAGUUUCUCCAAACCUGGGACGCCCUGCACGGAAAGGACGGCACGGCGAAGGACAUGAAGGGUAAGGACAAGCCGAUGAAGGCGGUGCUCAUCUCCGGCCCGCCCGGGAUCGGCAAGUCCAGCGCCGCGUCGAUCAUCUCGAAGCAGCUCGGGUUCGAGGUCACGGAAGUGAACGCGUCCGAUACCAGAGGGAAGAGCAGCAACGACAUCAGGGACGGCGUCGGCGGGAAGUCGUCGAACGCGGUCCGGGAGAUGGUGACGAACAAGGCGAUGUCGUUUUUUGGCGGCCCGCCGAAGAAGACGGUGCUCAUCAUGGACGAGGUCGACGGCAUGUCCGGAGGCGACCGCGGCGGCGUCAUGGAGCUCAUCAACUGCAUUAAAAUCUCGAAGAUCCCCAUCAUAUGCAUCUGCAACGACAAGUACAACCAGAAGCUGAAGUCCCUGCAGAACUACGUCCUCGACAUGCCGUUCUCGCGACCGACGAAGGGCCAGAUUGUCAAGCGGAUGCUGCUCAUCGCGGAACAAGAGGGCAUCCAGAUGAACGAAGCCGCGAUGGAGGCUCUGAUCGAGACGACGAACAACGACAUUCGCCUCAUCAUCAACCAGCUCCAGAUGCGGCGGCUCACGAAGCAAUCGUUCGCGUACGACGACAUCAAGUCGCUCGCGAAGAAAGAUAUAGACAUGGGGCCGUUCACCGCGGUGGAUAAGCUCUGCGCCCCGGACGCGAACCGUCUCACCGUGACCGAGCGCUUAAACCUCGUUUUCCAAGACUCGGACAUCAUCCCGCUGUUCAUCCAAGAGAACUACGUGCAGUACCGUCCGUACGCGGCGAAGAACGACGUCGAACGUCUGCAACUCUUGUCCGCGGCGGCGACGUCGAUAUCGGAAGGCGACGUCAUGAACAAGAGCAUCCGCGCGAAACAGAACUGGGGGCUGAUGCCGUACGCGAACAUCGUCAGCUCGGUGAUGCCCGCGAGCACGAUGCGCGGGUCUAGGGAGGUGUUCGGACUGCACCCGGGCGAGCGGAACUUCAACCGAUUCCCGUCGUGGCUCGGAAAAAACAGCACGCACGGGAAAAACAAGCGCCUGCUUCAAGAGGUGCACUCGCACGCGAUGACGUCCGAGGGGUUCAAAGCGGACGCGGCGUCGUUGCGCGAGUACUACCUGCCGUUGCUCAAACUCCUCACGACGAGGCCGAUGAAAUCCGCGGCGUUGGGGGGCAAGGAGAAGGAGGGCAUCCCGGAGGCGAUGGCGACCAUGGACGCGUACUGCCUGACGCGGCAGGAUUGGGAGUCGAUCCAGGACGUCACGAAACUGAAAGGGAACGGCCCUCUGUUCGCGGACGCCGCGCUCGGUAUUCCGACCGCGGUGAAGAGCGCGUUCACGAGGGAGUGCAACGAUAAAGGGAGGGUCGUGCACAGCGGGAUCUUGACGCAAGAGGCGAAGAGAGGAAGGAAGAGAGGCGCCGCCGCCGUCGCGGACGACGACGACGAAGAAGAAGGCGACGGCGGGAGCGACGGCGAGGGCGAGGGCGAGGACGGGCUGCCGAAGAAGCCGAAGAUCAGCGCGAAACGCCUCGCUGCCAUCGGUUUCGUAGCGAAGGACGACGGGAAGAAAAAACCCGCGGCGAAGAAGAAGGCGGCGCCGAAGAAGAAGAAGGACGCGAAGUAGGCCACCGCCGGACGCCGGACGCGUUUUGUAGCGCACUCUGCUUUUACGACACUCGACUACAACGUGUACAACGU